AUGGCACUUCAGCCAUCAGAAAAUGUAGGGCCCGCGAUACAGAGGCAUUCAAAGCACUGGGCAACGCAUAUGCGGUAUUGUCCAACGAAGAGAAACGAAAACAAUACGAUACGUAUGGUACCUCUGAUAACGGAAACAACAAUCCUUACACUCCCUUGCUACAACUUCUUCGCUGAUUGCAAUCCUUGUCCUGGGCCUGCUUGCCCAGCUAAUGGUUGGCGAUCCAGCGUAUUCUCUACAUCAUUCAAGAUUGAGGCGCAAGUUGAGGACGAGUACAUUCAGGGUUUGCGAAUGAAUUGUUACAAGGAGCAGAAUCAACGUGAAACUCUAAUGUACCGUGCCCGAUGGCAGCGUGACGAAGAUUUGCUGCGACGGGCGAAUCAAAUGCCGAUGCCUCAUUGUGAUCGUCUUAAAGAAAUUUACAGUCACUAG